GGCAGGUGGAGACCACAACUGAGCACAAUACUCCAAGUGGGCCCCUGUAUUAUAGAGAGAUGACUGGGCGGGCGGCAGACGGCAAAUCUGUCGCAGAGAAAGCUGCUUUCAACCUGGUCCUUGCUGCGUGUAAAAACAUAAAGUCUGGAUACAGCUACAGGGACUACAAGGAGAUGAUUCUCUUUUUGGAUUCUGCUGGUGCUGAGGAGAUAGUCAACACAGUCUCCAAUGACGAAUUAGUCGAGAAAGCUAGAGGGUUUUUGAUCCUUGUUACCGAUGAGUUGUGGCUCCUUGACAUUUACUUUCUUGGGGCUAUAACCAGAAUCCUGAAACGGUUUUCGACCCAAUUUCAAAUCUCCGGAUUGACUUUGGAUGGUUACGUCAACUUGGUGGGUCAAGUGAAGAUGGCCCUCAAGAAUCUGAAGAUUGUCUCGCCUAACGCAGCAUCUCAGUACUUUCUUGUGGAAUACACAGAACACCUGGCCAAACCAUUAAUGGUGGACCCUACUCAACGAGCGUCAAGAUCAAGACUAACUGAUGGUCAAGAUGCUGUUGAUUCUAGGGUAUCGGGGCUGCAAGAACGUACACAUCUUCACCAAAAGGUUGUAGAAGGUCUUCUGAAAUGGGCUAAAAAAUAUUGGUUUGAACACGAAUACUGGCAGCGUCAGCGUAAUAAUGUGCUCAGGCUUGAGAACAUGGGACAUAUUGAACAUGAUCAGUGAAAACUUUCAAGUGCCCUUAGAAGAUCCAGUUAAUCCGUCACACCAUUGGUGCCGGUGCACUACGUGCAAUAAAUUAUUCCCCUUGACUGACACUGGUUCCCACGGUAACUGUGUAGCCACUUGGAUAACCAUUCCCUCGCUUGUUGUAAGCUUCAAGCGGGUAUCCAAGGUUGUGCCAGAUGCACUGAAAGAUAUGGUUGACAACAGUGGGGUCUUAUUAUAGUUUUAUAAACAUUUCUCAUAA